AGCUUGGUUAAACACAUUACUGACGUCGAUCAAGAUGUCUGCGCCCAUAUGAUGCAACAACGUGAAACCACACUUUUGAAUAGAUAUACCCUGAACAUGACAACAAAUGAUUCAAUUGUUGAGUAGUUUAUGUAGGCAAAAUAUACAUAUUGCAGGGAAUACAAUGGCUCGGGUUGUUGAUAUUUUCUCAAUUGAGUUUGGACAACUUGUGGCCAUGGCAACAGAGAGUCUGAAGUCUGGUAAAGUGAUCAGCGUGCCGACAGACACUAUUUAUGGGAUUGCUGCCCUUGUUCAGAACAGCGAAGCAGUGGAUCGAAUGUACAACAUAAAAAACAGGAACUUCAGUAAACCAUUAGCCAUCAGCGUGGCUGAAAUAAAUGAUAUCUAUAGGUGGGGAAAGGUAACCGUGAGCAGCGAGUUACUGUCUGAACUACUUCCCGGACCAGUGACGGUGGUGUUCAAUAGGACCGAGGACUUAAACCCAGAGCUCAAUCCUGGAACUUCACUAGUCGGAAUCCGGAUUCCAGACCACAAGUUUGUGCGGGAGAUUUCAAGGUCAUGUCAAGGUCCUAUAGCCUUAACAAGUGCAAAUGUCAGCUCCACUCAAAGCACGCUCAAUGUUCAGGAAUUUAAAAAUUUGUGGCCCCAGUUGGAUAUUGUGUUUGAUGGUGGAGAACUGGGUGAUACAUUCCAUUCCAGGGCAGGAUCCACAGUGGUGGAUUUAUCAGUCCAGGGCACGUAUAAAAUCAUCAGGGAAGGGAGUGCAAUAAAGUCCACUCUGGCAGCACUGCAUUCUCAUCAUCUUCAGGACAGAGACAAAAGGUAGCAGGAUAGGUGUUUGCAACAAUGUUUAUACUUACAAGGGGAAAUCACUUACAGGGAAAAAAUCUCCUCUCUUGGAAGCAGUAAAUUGUGUGAUACAUGCUUGGAUACAAAGAGUCGCUUUGUAUCAUGUGACAUAAUAAUGGACGAAGAAAGAGGAAAUAUAGUAUGUUCUUUGUGAUAGUUUGAUUUUGAAUGGAAAUCUUUGAAAAAGAUAAAAACAAAAUUCUGCCAACUUUGCAAAGUAAUUGACAUGAUUUGGGAUGAAACUAAGGUACUUGUUUAUUGAUACUGUAAGUACAGGGUUGAACACUUUUGGUACACUGCCCCACAGUAGAUAUGGUACAUGUUUGUGGUAUUUUAUGUUAUACAUGUUUAUUCUACAUUUUAUUUGUUAUACUGAUAUUCUCCGUGCACGCUGAUGCCAAUAUUAUUCAUUUUAUUGAAAUGUAACUCUGCACAUCUUUUGAUUUUUAUAUUCAUAUGAAUCUUUAAAUAUGAAUUUAUUUUAUUUUUACUUUUAAUAUACAAUAUUUAAUUUCACAUGUAAUUUUAAUAAAUCUAAUAUUUCG